AAAUAAAGCUCCCAGAGAGCUUAAAUGAAAGUCUCAGGGAGCUUAAAUGAAGCUUCUAGAGAGCUCUCAAAAGCGGACAUAGGAGCUCCCAGGGAACUCUGUGCGAGUUCUUUUGAAGCUUAAAAUGAAGCUUAAAAAAAUUUGAUGAGUUCCCUGAGAGCUCCCUAGGAGUUCCCUGUGCUAUGUGGGGUUUUUCGUAAAAAAUUGUAAAGAUUUCUUUAUUUUUUUUUUAAGGUAAAAUGGCUGAAGGAUAUUUAGCAAUAAAUAUACUUUUUCUUCAAGAAAGAGUAAGAAGAAUAGAAAGAAAAUUAGAGAGAAGAAUAUUGCGCGAUGCUCAAAACCCAUUUGAGCUUCCUAAUAACGAGUUUAUUGCUCAAUUUAGAGUAAAUAAAGAAUUGGUCAUGAAUAUUGUUAACAUUCUAAGACCACACUUACAAAAACAGCGUAUAACCGCAUUAUCUCCAGAGAUCCAAGUACUGGUAGCACUUGGCUUCUUUGCUAAUGGUAGUUACCAAAGACCAGCUGGUAAUCAAUGUGAAUUGGUUGUAAGCCAACCAUGUGCCAGUCGCUGCAUAAGGAAAGUUGCAUUAUUAAUAAAUGUGCAUUUGUUGCGUCAAUGGGUAAGAUUUCCUAUGACGGCACAAGAAAAAGCUGCAGCACAAAACAAAUUUGCACUAGCUGCUCAACCAUUUCCUGGAGCUAUUGGAGCUAUUGAUUGUACAUACAUAAAUAUUCUUGCGCCACAUAUCCAUGAAGAAGCAUAUGUUAAUCAUCAUGGAAAUCAUUCCUUGAAUGUUCAAGUAAUAGUUGAUCCAGAUAUGAAAAUAUUAAAUAUAAAUGGACGUUAUCCAGGUGCAAGAAAUGAUGCAUAUAUAUGGAAUGCUUCUCCAAUUAGAAAUGUUAUGGAACAUUGGUAUAACCAAGGGGAAAGAAAGUGUGUAUUUACAGGAGAUGCUGGAUAUCCCUUAGAACCAUGGCUUAUGACACCGUUGCCACAUUAUCCUCAGUGGAGUCGGCAGUAUCAGUAUAAUCAGAAAUUAUGUAAAGCACGGAGUAUCGUGGAAAGACUAUUUGGAAUUUUAAAGGGAACAUGGAGAUGUCUAUCCUAUCAGCGUGUUUUAAUGUACGCUCCAGAAAUUAGUGGACAAAUUGUGAAUGCAUGUGCAGUUUUGCAUAAUAUGCGUAUACACUAUCGGCUACCAUUAGAGAUAGAAGAAAAUAUAAUCUUUGACGAUGCACAUGUAAAUCAAGUAAAUGAUAUAGACGAAGAAGAAGAACAAGACAGAAUACUUCGCAGAGGACCUAGAGCAAUAGCACAGCGUGUACAGAAGCAAAUUAUGCGAGACUGGUUUCCUAAUUAUAAUUGUGCAUGGGAGAGAAAUGAGUAGGAUUUUGAAUACAAAAAUU